CCGACCUCUGGGGCCUCCUCAGCCCAGGUAGGAGGCCGCUCCGGGCCGGGCGUCCGCGCUGCGAGGCGAGCCCGCAACCCGGAAAGGCGGCGCGGCGGAGCCUGGAGCUGGAUCCUGCUGCGUCUCGGCCCCCGCGGGCGGGCGCCGCGAGCAUGUCGGAGACGCGGAAGGGGCCAGACGAAGCGGACGAGAGCCAGUGCGACUCGGGCAUCGAGUCUCUGCGCUCUUUGCGCUCCUUGCCCGAGCCCGUCCCGGCCCCGGGUUCCGGGCCCUCGGACCGCGGCGGCCGACCGCCCUGGACUCAGCCCCCGAGGACCGCCAAGGAGCCACAAGAGAAAGAAGACGCGGACGGGGAGCGGGCUGACUCCACCUAUGGCUCCUCCUCGCUCACCGAACCCCUCCUGUUGCUGGGGAGCCCCGAGGCCGAGGACCCGGCCCCAGGUUCGCCGCUUCUCCCCGCGGGGGCGCUCAGUCCUCAGCAGCUGGAAGCGCUCACUUACAUCUCGGAGGAUGGAGACACGUUGAUCCACCUGGCGGUGAUUCACGAGGCCCCAGCUGUGCUGCUCUGUUGCCUGGCUUUGCUGCCCCAGGAAGUCCUGGACAUUCAGAACAACCUUUACCAGACAGCUCUCCACCUGGCCGUGCAUCUGGACCAGCCAGGGGCAGUUCAAGCACUGGUGCUGAAGGGGGCCAGCCGGGUGCUACAGGACCGGCAUGGUGACACGGCCCUGCAUGUGGCCUGCCAGCGCCAACACCUGGCCUGUGCCCGCUGCCUGCUAGAGGGACAGCCAGAACCAGGCAGAAGACCGCCUCACUCCCUGGACCUGCAACUGCAAAACUGGCAAGGUCUGGCCUGUCUCCACAUCGCCACCCUGCAAAGAAACCGGCCGCUCAUGGAACUGCUGCUUAAAAAUGGAGCCGACAUUGACGCGCAGGAGGGCACCAGUGGGAAGACAGCGCUGCACCUGGCCGUGGAAACCCAGGAGCGGGCCCUGGUGCAGUUUCUGCUCCAGGCCGGUGCCCGGGUGGAUGCCCGCAUGCUCAAUGGGUGUACACCCCUGCACCUCGCAGCUGGCCGGGGCCUCAGGGGCAUUUCGUCCACCCUUUGUGAGGCGGGCGCUGACUCCCUGCUACGGAAUGUGGAGGAUGAGACGCCCCAGGACCUGGCUGACGAUGUAAGAGGCAUAAACUCUGCUCUGCUCUCCAGGAUCUCUCACACUCAUAGCAGAGACAGGAACUGUUAAUUAGCUGAAAGGGCCACUCUGAUGGGAGGAGUGCCCGGGUCUAGUCCCCUAAUCCAACUGUGGACCUUGGGCAAGCCUCUAACCCUCUCUGAGCCUGUUUCCUUAUUUAGGUGGGACCAGGGCAUCCAAACUUGAGCACCUACAGGAGCCCUGCAGCUAAAGUGAAUCAGUGAAGCAAGCUAGGGAUAAAACAACAGCGGGAUGGGAGCUGUGGGAAACCAGAGUGCCCAUACCCCGGGGGAGCAGUCUGCUUCAGCAGAUUGGCAGAGUAGGAUAUGGGCCCAGUGUUGCCAGAUCUUCAGUUUUUUAAGAGAGGUAAAAGCCAGAUUUUCUGGGCAGACUUUCCCAUUUUUAAAUGUUCAAUUUAAAAAUAUAUUCAAAGUGUUUGGUGAGUACCUUCUUAGUACUACCCCACCCCAAACAGACUCAUGGAUUGGAAUACUUCUAAGGCCCCCCAUAGCUCCGAUAUUCUGCAUUAUCUUAGAGAAUGAGAGUUUGCCUAAGGCCUCAAGGCUCUGCUAAGCCCAGGGGGUCCACUAUUCUUGAGGUUAAUAGGGAGACUUGGUUCCUAAUGUCCUUCAACUGUCAUUUGAUGCAGAGAUAGUGGCCCAACAGGUUUCCCCUAACUCCCCUCCCUCCCCAAUGCCUUUUUUCCAUGGCCCCUGACCCCACUUCUCUCCUUUCUCUUUCUCAGCCCUUUCCUCUUUUGCCCUUCGAUGACCUGAAGAUCUCGGGAAAGCCACUGCUGUGUGCUGACUGAAGCCAGAGCAGGGUCUGGGGCCCUGGAGGCUCCUCCUUUUCCCAUCUGGAAGCUUGGACCACAGUUGCUGCAGUUUGGACCCAUGCAAUGUGCCCUUCUGGUGCCCUGGAGACUGUGAGGACAGAGUCCAGGGCCAGCACAGUCCUGAGCUGAGAGGAGGGAUGACAAAAAAGAGAGUCAGUCUGGAAGGAAGAGCUUCCCUGGUAGACGGAGAUUCUCGGAAGGCCCCUUAAAGCCCCAGGGUAUUCUGGGCGAAGCCUAUUUGCCCCUCUGUUGGAUGGUGGGAGCUCUUGUUUCUACCCAUGUUGGGUCAGCCUGAAACUGCCAACCAGUGUGAAACCAUGUACUCCCGACUGAGGAGAAAGGCUGAAAUAGGAGCAAGCAAGACCCUGAGGGUCCCUUCUUACUUCUGUUGAGAACUCUAACACUUGUUUAAUGACUUCAACGCAGAAGGCUUUGAACUGAGCCUUUGGGGAAGGGGAAAUUUCAGUACAUGACACUAAAACAGCAGAGACUUAAAAA